AUGGAUCUCCUCUCACUUGAUCCUCCCCCGAGAUACUACCUCUUCCACCGUACCAUCAAACACAAUAUGAAGGCUCUUCUUUCUGAGUUUGCAAUUCUGCCCUCAGCAUCCCUUCCAACGCACCUCGAUCCAAGAGACGAAGGGCGGAUCUGGACGACACCUCAAGACUCAGCCAACGGUUCCUUCAUUUUCCCGCGUGCAUACCCCCUUGCUUUCCGCGAAGGCUCCAACAUCAAUAUCUCAUGGUCCACAAAGUACGAAAACAUCAAUCUGUAUUUCUACCAGAGGGGAAAAGUUGCGGAUUCGGUGCAACUCGUCACUAACCUGGCAACUAACUGGUACCAAUGGGAGGUCCGCGCACAAGAGACAAAUCUCACAAACCCAUUCGUCUUCAGAGUCGUCAACGCCAAAGGCACCGCUGAGGAGCGGACCAACGGCGGCUUCUGGAGCACCAGCUGGUAUCUCACACGGGGCGGCGACACAAGUCAAUCUGUGACGUUAUCAUCUUCAACAGUCUCCUCAACCACGGCCCCGUCAUCCACAGCUUCCUUGUCGGGUACGACGACUGCACCUACAACGGGAUCGAGUCAGACGAGUGGUACGCAUGACAAUGGGUUUCCGAAGGGUGCUAUUAUCGGGCUGACAAUCGGACUUGUGCUUGCGGCCGCAAUCAUCGUCGCGGGAAUAUUGUACUACUUGAAACAAAGGAGGAAACGCAAAGACGCACUGUCAUCAGUGCAGGUAUCUGAUGCAGCUGGCUAUGGCGACAAGACUUACAGCCAAAUGCGGUACGCACAUCAUCCAGUGCACGAGACCUUCACACAACCAUCCGAACUGCACGGUGAGCCGCCUCGCCAUGAGCUCCCAGGCUCGACGCGGAGCGAGGGGUAGGAUAGGAGCAUCAACCAUACGUUUUGUAGAAUAUGAAAUGAGAGUAGGAGUAAAGGAAAGAUAGAGG